AUGGAACCAACAUUCUUGCACUUGGGAUUUCCUGUUAAUAAUUCUGCAAAUGCAUUCAAGAUUGUGGGGCGUUCAACCAGUUCGUCAGACAACAAAGGAAGUUCGGUUGUUGCUUGCACUGCUACGUCUUCAGGCAAGGAUAUUGAAGAGGAAUCAUCUCUAGAUAUUGAACUGGACCUUACUUUUAAUCUCGGCUGCGAGAAGUUACAUAGCCUUAAGAAACCAGUUGAUUCCAAUAUGAAGGCAUUGGAGUUGCAACCAAGUUUGAUUUGGAACCGAGCCUUUCCACCAUCUCCGCGAGAAAUGUCGCCAACAAACUCAACUUUACAAAAGGAACCAACAGAGAGUUUCUCAGACGGUUUUGGCUGGUAA